GCGUCGCGCAGGCGUGCUUCAGUCGCCCGCGCGACCCCGCUGCCGCCGGCCGCGCGCCAUGGACGAAGUUAGAGCGCGAGACCGCGCGCCACUCACAGUCAUAGUCGCCCCGAGCAACGCUUCGCCCCCUAGACUAUCCCCGGCCGACCUUUUACCCGACGGCGAUGCCGCUUUCCACCCUCUGUCCGCCGUAAAUGGCCGACUAACCCCUCCAGGCUUGGAGCCUGCCUCAUACGCUACCCUUACACCUUUACUCCCUCUACCCCCCAUCAGCACAGUUUCGGACAAGUUCGCUUACCAUGCCGGAGGAACCUUCACUGUUAUCCAGCAGCAGCAAUCCUACGCUUCGUUAUCACCAGCUAACUACAAUGAACCUUUAUCUCCACAAUCGGCGUACAGCAGGCGAAGUGUGUCGCCGAACUCUUUCGAAAGGCGGUCGCCGACGCCGCCUCUCCCUAGUCCGGGCUUGGACCUCAAUGCUGCCCUCAUGGCGAGGGAGGAACAACAGCAGCAGCAGCAGCAACAACAACAGGCACAGAAUGACACGGAGGAGAUAAACACGAAGGAAUUAGCUCAAAGGAUAAGUGGAGAAUUGAAGAGGUACUCGAUCCCUCAAGCAAUUUUUGCACAGAGGGUGCUGUGUCGGUCACAAGGGACGCUAAGCGAUUUGUUAAGAAACCCAAAGCCGUGGUCGAAGCUAAAAUCGGGAAGGGAAACGUUUAGACGGAUGUGGAAGUGGCUUCAAGAGCCAGAGUUCCAGAGAAUGUCUGCGCUGAGGCUUGCAGCGGCCCAGAUUCCACAGAGAGGCAGCUGCAAGCGCAAGGAGGACAUGGGUACGGAUAUCCUGCCUUCCCCGAAGAAGCCCCGUUUGGUUUUCACAGACCUCCAGCGGCGUACUCUACAGGCUAUUUUUAAGGAAACAAAAAGGCCGUCGAAAGAAAUGCAAGUAACCAUAGCGAGACAAUUAGGAUUAGAGCCGACAACAGUAGGUAACUUUUUCAUGAAUGCCCGACGGCGAUCUAUGGAUAAGUGGAAAGAUGACGAUGCUCCUUCAGAAUUAGAUCAGCAGUUGGACGCGGAUGGUCUGGAUCACGUGCCGAGUCUGGAUUCAGGGGAAUCUGAGGAGGAUCACGAUGAUCAAGACGACCAUCUCUUGUGACGCCGUAUCCCCCAUCAUCAACUGUUAGUGCUAUGAGCUGGGCUCAGAGUUGUCGUGAAUUAUUCGAAUGUUUAGACCUGACCAUUAUUUCAUAUUUAAGUCUUUUCCUCUUUGUGUCUUUAAGCAUUGGCCAUGUAGUUUAUUAUAGAUUGUUACUUGUUUUAUAUUCUUAACAACACUUUAAUUCUUAAUUUUAUUUAUGUCAUCUAAUCUACUGACUGAAGUAAUAUUGUUAUUAUGAAUUUUGUAUUUCGUAGUCUCUUUGACAACUAUUUUCAACCUACUUUGCGAAUGCUUUUUAUUUUGUAUUAAAAGAUCGGAAAACACAACAUUAUUUUGACUACGCCGAUACUGUCGGGCAUUUUUGUAAUCAGUAUUUUAAUGUCUUGUAUUUUUGUAUAAACAUUUUUCUUCUUUUUCAAACGACUGAACAGAUCAUUAGUCAAAACAUUCGAAUUCUUAUAGACAACUUCCAAUCUAAUAAUGUACAGUUAUAAUAAUACGUACUAAUAAUGUUUUCACGUUGAAAGGUUGGUCUCAGGAAAUAAUGGUUUGUUACAUAAUAUAAUUUGCUUCUAUUGUGCUCUGUUACAUCAUUCUGUGAUUUGCCAUUUAUCUAUUUUCCACUUCUAUUCUAUACCUACUCCAUUUUGUUCUAUCUCGUGUACAUAACUAUGCUAGUAACUAUAGUAUUUUGCAUCCAAAUCAAACUAUUUUAUCUUGUUUCCAAAGUGUUGGUCCAUACGCUUUUUUUAUCUUUAAAAGUUUAGUUGAUUUGUUGUUUAAACAUAAGUAAUCACUUGCUUGGUAUAAAUUUGUGGCUUUGCCAUUUAUUACCACCAUUAUUCUUCUUUUUCUAUUUUUAUGCAGCCUCAUAUCAUAAUAACAACUGUCUGUUUGAAGGCACAUAAGCAGAAACAGAGCACGAUUAAUUUCUAUAGUAUCUCUCUUCCUUGAAACUGUUUUUCUCGAAAAAAAGUUAUUAUUCUUCCGAUAAUUUUCUAAAACUGUUUUAAUUGAGGAAUGUAAAUGUAUACUACUCUAGACAUUAAUAAAAAAAGCAAGAUCUAGUCUAGAAAUACAAGAUGUUCCUAGUGACAAAUUACCGAACUAAUGUUUUUCUAAUAAUUAUAUGUUGCGUCUUAAAUAUGAUAUAGGGUUAUUAAAUAUUGGUAUUUUAAAAAGGGGUGUUGCAAAAACAUUUUAUAUAUUUGAAACUUGAAGCAUUAGACUAUCCUGAUUAAUUUUAGAUUGUUUGUUAGAAACUUUUUAUUUCUACUUUUUACGUUCAAAAAUAUCGAUUUAGGAAUGUUAAAUAUCUGUAAUUAUGAUAAAUUCUACAAAGUACAUACAUUAGUUCAGUGAAUGUCCUAGGAUAUCUGCAAUCUAAUCGUCUGUAUCGUCAAAAAGAUCUCUAUUUAUCUAGUCAGACUUGAAUGUGUAGUUAAUGUAAUUAAUUUUAGUUCACCAGUCAUAAUUUAAGCGAAUUUAAUUAUAUUUUUUGGUUUGCCAGUUAUUAAGUCUAGGGUUAAAAGGUAUUAAUGUAUUUUAUAUUAUAAUUGAACUAUUUCAGUUCAUUGUAUUUUGCAAUAAAAUAUAUUAAAUUGGUAAGUUCACAACGGACAAAAAGACAGCUCGUAUUUUUAUGGUAAAUUAUUUUUACUACGCUCUUAGAUCUGGGGCUCGAUUCCCAAGCAAUCGGUGGUUCGUUUCAUCAUUUUUUUCUGUGAAAAUCUAACAUAGUUUCUGCAUUCGCUUUAAAACGAAAGCGUUCAAUGAAAAGCAUCGAUUGAUCGAACCAUUUGAAAAAAUGGAGAAUUGGAAAAUUCUUCUGACGAUUGUGUGAGAAAUCGUGCCUCUGAACUAAAUAUACAUUGUCGUAGCAUUAUUGAUAAAACUAAAAUAAAUCAUACAUGAAUAAUGUAAUAUUCAUGAGAUUUUUGAGAGUUAAUAAGAUUUACAACAAUAAUUUUACGACAUUAUAUACGUAAAACAGUCAUUAGAUUUGUUGCUAGUCAAAUUUAAUGCAUGAUGAAUAUUAGAAAAAGUAUUCGAUCAAAUCGAAUGUAGUUAAAGCGGAACCAGUUUUAGUUUUAUUUUGUUAUUCACAAUAAAAAAAUUAGCUAAAUAAAUUGACACCGACUGCAGAAAUAUUUCUGAAUGACACAUUCCACUUGCUUGACACAAGACUUUAAAUACACUAUUGAAAAUUCAGUUCAUAUUAAUUUAGGUAAAUAGAUUUAAAUUUGGACGUGAUUGAUAACGCGUGAAAUAGUGUGAUUUUUCUAGUCUUUUCUCGAACAUUCCAUGAAAAAACAGAAUGACAAUGAAAGCAAAUUUGUACGUGAUAUUACUUAAACUAAUAAAUAAGUAUUAUUUAAGACAGCUUCGUUUAAGAUUGUGAAAUCUAGUCUGACAAGUGCAAAAGUAGACAAUUAAGAAAAUCAAGAUCAAAAAUCUUGACAAAUGACUUAAUUGGGUCACAUUUUUCGAAUAUUUUCAUUACCAGCCACAACAAAGGUAUGCGAUCCUUUACGAGAUCACUUUUUUGACGUGCCAACGUCUUAAAUUAGGUUGCGGCUGGGAGUCACUUAUGAAAAAGUGUAACGCCCGGUAACGUUACGAUGAGUCACCGAACGAGAGAGAGGCCCGCCGAAUGCCUUGCGUCUCUCUCCCACUCAACUAUGAUCGGUCUGCCGCGCGCGUAAAAAGACGUUGUCACGUAAAAUCUUCGCCCGUAAAACCGACUUUACAGGCAACCAUUUUUUUUUACAUAAUUUAUUUUGUCCUAUUGUUCUUUGGCAUAAAAUAUUUUGCCAUAAUAGUUCGAAGGCGUAAUUGAUUUGGCACACGGGUAAAUGUUGCGUAAAUAAUUAACUUUUAGGUUAGUUAUGCUUCAAAUAUUUAUGUGUAAACCGUUAUGCUUAAAAAUCAUUGUGCCAUAAAUACAUGUAUGCUAUAUCACAUUAUGGAUUAAUUUUUUUGUGUUUAUAGAUAGAUACCCACAUUUCCAUAUAAAUAAUUAUAUAUUAGUUACUUAGUUAAUGAUUACCUUUGUAAAUAAAUUGAGUGAAAAUGUGACCCAUUAAGAUUAAGAUUAAUUUUCUGUAUGAUGAAAUUUUGAGCUUUACUGCAAUAGCUUCAGUCAUUGUAAUUUAAAUCAACAAAGUUUAUUUUGUUAGUUAAUAACUUAUUUAUUUAAUUAAUUUAAGCUCCAAAAGUAGAUUCGUAUUGUCCCCGCCAAAGAUGAAACGUGCAAUUCAAAAAUAAUUAUUUUCAUAGUUUAUUUGAUAAAUUAGGAGAAAAUAAUAUUUGAAAGCUUUUAAUUAUAUAAUAUGUAGCAAUAUACUCUGAACACACUGAAUAGAAAAAAAAACAACAAUUUGUUCCAUAAAUAAAAUAGCUGACAUUAAAUGUAAAAAAAAACCUGUUGAAUGUAGUGUUAUUAAUAUUAAUUUAAAAAAUAUAUAUUAUAUAUUCUUUUCCCCACAUUCCAAUGACUCUGUUGAAAUUAGCAAUUGAUUGUUUUAAAAUUAAAUCUGUAAUAUAAAUAAAUAAUUGCGCACAAUAAAAAAAAUACAAUAAAUUAUUUUUUUGGAUAACACAAAAUAUGCAAUAGUGAAAAAAUAUCAUCGCUUCUUCAGUUGUAAUGAGCUGCGGUUUCGACUGAAAUAUGGAUCUCAGAUGUAUUAUGAAUAAAAUAUAAAAAAAUAAACGCUUGUAAAAAGGUUAAGGCUCUAGAUUGCCACACGGAGCUGAUAAAGUGUUACUUCAAAUGGUAAAAACACGAACAAAUAUGUUUUGCAUUCACCAUCUGGCGUUUCUAUUACGUAUAUAUAUAUAUAUUUCACGAAACAUGAUCACUACACAUUGGCCAAACGAGAAAUGUCCCUUUAUAUAAUGUACGUAAAAAGGGAAUUGUGUUUUCGUGAUUUACCAAUAGGCCACACGCGUGUUUAGCUCUAUGUGGACAUAAAGUGAAUAACUCAACCGAAACAUAUGACAUUUAGAUUGAAAGAAAAUUGACGCCAACACAAAUUGCUUGAAUGACCACUAAGAAAUAAAGGAUAAAAUUAAUAUUAUCUGUAUGAAGUCGAAGCCAAAGCAUCAUACGUACGUCAUGUCUGUAAAGGGUAUAAAAUGAGAAAAAUAAUAUAAAUUAAUAAAUUGAAGACGCUGUGCCAUUUAGGCUAGCAACACUGAGUAAUCAACCAAUCUCGACCAUUCUAUUUGGUAUUGCAAUGACAAAAAACAAUAGAUAUUAAAAUCCGUUAUCUACACUUUACAGACAGACCGAACUGUUUCAUGUAAUACAGACAAAUACAAUAUGUUUGUGUGUAUGUAUUAUAGUGCGCUUUCUAAUGUACAUAGUACGGGAUUAAUGUAAGAUUAAAUGUACAUUUUA